AUGUAUAUCAUCGUGCUCUCAAAGGUGAACUUAACCAAUUUUCCGGAGCUUAGUAAACUCCAUCUACGCCGGCCACUUAGUGUCGCUGGUAUGGAUACAUCUAGCGUCAUGAAUGAAUCCUCCAACGCGGUUAACUGUGCGACUAAAAUUACUGCGAGUGACAUAGCACAAGCCUCCACUGCGGCACAGAGUACAGCCGAUCAGGUCGGCGACCACCUUCAAACACUAUUCGAAGAUCUUAAAUUGCAUCUUCCCGCAUAUUAUAUCGUUGGACUAUAUGGCUAUUGUCAGGGAGAUAACAGUACGGGGCCUUUUACAAAUUGCUCUAAGCCAAGUACUUCAUUUUCAUUUGACCUGUUGGGGAUCUUCGGCUCGCAAUCCGAGGAGAUCAACGAUAUUCUACCAAAAGACGAUAAUAAAGUCCUCGCCGGCUAUCAUGAUGUUUCAGGAUGGACAAUCUCAGCCUAUAUCCUAGGAUUUACUUUCACUGUAGCUGCGAUUAUUAUCCAAGUUCCCUUACUAAUGUUUUCUAAAGGGAAAAAUUUUCUCGUCGCCUCUUCUAUAAUUGAAGCGCUAACGUAA